CUUUUUUUUGUAUUCAAGCAAAGAAUAUUCUAAAAUUAUACAAAUAUAAUGCUUAAAAUUGGUGAAAUUACAGAAACAGCUCAAUCACAAACAGUCGAACAGCAAGAAUUAUUGGAAGAACCUUUUAUAGAUGUCACGAUAAAUGCCUCAACGCUAGAGGCUCGGAAUCGUUUCUGCCGACUCUGUCUGCGUAAAUGUUCCGGUUUCCUGUUACCACUCGCUACGAAGCUAGAAUUGGUCAGCGUUAUGGAAAUGUUGCUCGACGUAACCGGACUGGAAAUCGAAGGUAAUCCACUUUACCCGACCAAGGCGUGCACGGACUGCAUGAACAAGUUGGACUACGCGUACGCGGUGCGUCAGGAAUUUCUAAACAGCACGGAGCUGCUGCUGAAAAUGGCCGUUGAAAACCGACUGCCGGCCUAUUAUUCCCAGUUUGACGAUGACGGUGAUUUGAAAGGUGAAGAUAAGCGUGAUUUCAAAGCGGAAGUUGUUAUGCCAACGAUCGUGGAUCAGAUGGAAGAAGUAAGAGCACAAAGUGAUAGUAAUCUGGAAAUUAUUUCCGAAAUCCAGCAUAAUGUGGUGCCUAAUAACACUGAUGAUGUACAGGCUGAUGUUUUGCAGGCAGAAACAAAGCCUGAGCCGGAGCUAACGGGUGAAAAGAGUCCAGAACCUAAGAAGGAGAAGUUUGUUUAUUCAUGGAAAGAAUUGAUCAAACCCAAACGAGUUAGGAAGGAAAGACCAAAAAAUGCACUUUCGGGCAUAAACCGUAAAGAGAAAGCUGAUGCUGAAUUAUUGGCCCAAUUUCCGCAGACGACGUGCUACAUUUGUGACACGCCACACGAAACAUUAGACCAACGAGAUGAGCAUCUCAACAGUCACAUCGAUAUGGUUCCGCACCGGUGUGAAACUUGUAGCUCGGAAUCGGAGUGCGUCGUUUCGAAAAGUGUUCUGACGUUAAACAGACACCGGCUGAUGCACCGAUUGCCACACAAAUGUGAUUUCUGCUUCCGACGGUUCAUCUCCAGUGGUAGUAAGUAUACGCAUGUGUGGAGCAUGCACAUGGGCAACAACGAAGGUCUGACUUGCGACUUUUGCGGCAAGGGGUUCAACCAGAAGCGAUCGUUUCAAGCACACGUUCGUCGACAUCGCUACAAAGCGAAUGGGAGAUAUAGUUGCAACGUUUGCGGUGAAACUUGCGGUUCUAGCUUGCUGCUAGCCAGGCACAAACGGAAACAUACCGGCGAGAAAAAUUUCGCUUGCCCUUACUGUUCCAAAACAUUCAGCAGAGCGUGCAAUAUGCUUACGCAUAAACGUAUUCACACGGACGAACGCUGUCACCGGUGUUCGGAAUGUGGGGCCACCUUUAGAAACAACGUAACCUUACGAAAACAUCGCGAUCGGUUCCAUCUGGGCAAAACCCUCCCGCAGAAAGCCGACCGCAAUCCUUUCGUUAUCCUGGAUGAUGGUAGGAAACAGUUCACCUGUCAGCAGGAUGACUGCAGCUACACUGCCUUCAGCAGUGCCUCGAUUUCGCGUCAUAAAGCACGCCACUCUAAGCGCUACGCCUGCGGAGUUUGCGGGAAGCGCUUUGCCGAGCCAAACCUGGUGCGACGGCAUCAAACAUCGAUCCACCGCGAUAGCAAAACCCGAAGGAAUGAAGCAGCGGAACGCAAUACGGCGACGGCAAAGAACGAAGAACGGCAACUAUCGACGACAGCGUUGGUAGAUGACGACGAAAUUGCCGAAGCCCUGCUGAAAUUGGAGCCGGAUUACGAGGUGGAGAUUGUCGAUGAGGCUGAUAACACCGUGGAGCUGGUUUAUGGUCAUUUGUAAUAGAGUUAGUUUUUACUGACAUGGUUUUAUUAAGCAAUAAAGUAUACUUAUGCAAGCUUCUGUUACGAU